AAAAUUUUUUUUUCCCUUCAAACCCCUUUCUUGUGACUUCAAAAUGAGACUUCGCAAUGGAUAAUGCAAAUUCGAGUAUUUGUUUACAAGAUAUCGACGAUCAAAGAAGGCUCUUUUCAACUUGCCUACUGUAUAGGCCACCUCAGCAAGAAGACUGGUGGGGGAAUCGAGUGUGUCAGAUCGACCUGAUUAUUUAAUCGACAUACGUCAGGUAGAUGCCUCCAGAAGUGACUCCUGCAAUCUAUCCACCACUCAAUGUUUUCUAAAGUGAAAUUCAUCGCCCCAGGGGAGAAUUCAUGGCGUGAAGACAAACCGGAUAUCGAUGCCCACUCAUCAACGCAAUUUGUUUACAAUGCACAUCAAUCACUAGCCCUAGAUCUUCAACGUCAGCGUCUACCAAUUUAUAAAAGCCGUAACGCCAUCAUUUAUCUUUUAGAGAAAUAUCAAUCUCUCGUUCUAAUCGGUGAAACAGGAUGUGGAAAGAGCACUCAGGUGCCUCAGUAUUUACUGGAGGCAGGGUGGUGUACAGAUGGGAAAAUCAUUGGAAUAACAGAGCCGAGAAGAGUAGCUGCAACAUCUCUGGCUAGUCGAGUGGCGGAUGAACGAGGCUGCAUAUUGGGAACAGACGUCGGGUACUCGAUACGUUUCGAUGACUCCACUGACAACACUACAAAAAUCAAGUACAUGACUGAAGGGAUUCUCCUACGAGAAAUGAUGGGUGAUCCCUUGUUAACUAAAUACUCCGUCAUUAUCCUGGAUGAGGUUCAUGAGAGAACUUUGCUGACUGAUAUAAUCAUGGGGCUCUUGAAGAAAAUUCUAAAGAAACGCAAAAGCUUGAGGAUCAUCGUUUCGUCGGCUACGGUAGAUGCUGAAGAACUUCGAGAUUUUUUCAAUGGAAAUACUAGCAAGGAUGCUGGAAGAGAUACUGCCUGUAUUCUGAGUGUCGAGGGCCGCUUGUAUCCGGUAGAUAUAUUCUACGUGGCGGAACCAGUUCCCGAUUAUGUGAAAGGAGUAGUUGAUACGGCUUUGAAGAUCCAUGAGAACGAGGAGCCGGGGGAUAUUCUGGCAUUUUUAACUGGCAUGGACGAAGUGGAUCGCGCGGUAUCACUAUUGCAGGAACACGGAAAACUCGUUAAAGAAGGAAAACAAAAAAUUAUGCCAUUGGCUAUGUACGGUUCUUUACCGAAUGCCGAGCAACUGAAAGUGUUUUGGAGAGCCCCCAAAGAUACCAGAAAAAUUAUUGUAGCUACAAAUAUUGCAGAAACUUCAAUUACCAUCUCCAAUAUUGUUUAUGUAAUUGACUGCGGCUUCGCAAAAAUCCCCUGGUUCGACGUUGACACCCAAACAGACAGUCUCAUUGUGGCCCCGGUUUCAAAAGCAUCAGCGAAUCAAAGAGCCGGCAGAGCCGGGCGAGUUCAGUCGGGGAAAGCCUAUAGACUUUACACGGAAAAAGCGUAUGACGACUUGAUAGAUGUAACACCCUCGCAAAUGCAGAGAUCCGAUCUUGCCCCGGCGAUCCUUCAAUUGAAAGCGUUGGGCAUCGACAAUGUUCUUCGAUUUAAUUUUCCUUCUGUCCCACCCAGUAAAAAUCUACUAGCCGGUUUUGAACUGCUAUUCGCUCUGGGAGCUAUUGAUGAUAAUGGAUUAUUGACGAACCCUGUGGGCAUCACUAUGGCUGAGAUGCCUCUGGAACCGGUAUUCGCUAAGUGUUUGAUUGCUGCAGGAGAAAUGAAUUGUUCCGAUGAAAUAACAACAAUUCUAGCUAUGCUACAAGUCGAGAACGUAUUAAUUCGGCCGGGUGGAGGGCAAGCGUCGAUAAGAGCACGAAUAGCUCAUCGUAAAUUUGAAGUUGAAGAGGGGGAUUUGUUAACUCUGUUGAAUAUUUACACAGCAUAUGAGAAGAACAAAUCGUCAAGUUGGUGUCAGAAACAUUUCUUAAAUUCCAAAGCGCUGAAACGUGCUUCAGAGAUCCGAACGCAAAUGCGACGUCUGAUAAAAACACUGAACAUUCCGUUACAUUCUUGUGAAGGCGACAUCACUCGAUUGUUGAAAUGCAUAACGACAGGGCUGUUUCCCAAUGCUGCGUAUCUGCAUUACAGUGGAGUCUACAAAACAUUAAGGGGCAAUCAGGACUUGUAUAUUCAUCCCAAUAGCUGUUUAUACACUCUUCAACAACCGCAGUGGUUACUAUUCUGCGAAAUUCUGCAGACGAACAAAAUUUACAUGCGUGAGCUGACGGUCAUCAAAUCGGAGUGGCUGUUAGAGUUGGCUCCUCACUUUUAUCAACGGACGAAUCUCAAUAGUGUAUAAGAAGUAGUCAGCUAUUGUGUUAAUUAAAAAAACUGAUGCUGAAGAUUGAAAUUGUGUGAAUAAAAAUUUUUUGAUA